CUACACUGCAUUUUGUUUCUUAUACUCCAAUUUCUUGAGAGAGAGAGAGAGAGAGAAUGGGAAGCGGGAUUGACGAAGUUGGAGUGGAAGAGCUGGUGAAAGCUGGGUUGGAUGUGGAAGAGGCCAAGGUGAUCGAGAAAGGCCUCAGAGAGGCAAUUGGUCGAACUGGUGGUGGCCGGGACCCGAGGGAGUUAUGGCGGGAGAUCACGGCUCGACGGUUGCUCCGACCGUCGCACCCACACCCGGUCCACCAGCUCGUGUACUACUCGGUCUACGCUGGCUACGAUGAGACUGCCAAUGGGCCUCCUCUCUAUUGGUUUCCUACACUAUAUCAAGCCAAAUGCACAAACUUGGGCCGCCUCAUGGAAACUCAUGGUUCAAAGCUUCUAGGAGCAUCAUACAAGGACCCUGUAACAAGUUUUAGACUAUUUCAAAAGUUCUCUUGUGAGAACCCUGAGGUUUAUUGGUCGCUUAUACUCAAAGAGCUUUCAAUUCAAUUUCGUGAAGCCCCAAAGGGCAUUCUAGAUACUUCUGACAAAUCAAAACAUGGGGGAACAUGGCUUCCGGGUGCAGUUUUGAAUAUUGCUGAGUGUUGUUUAUUGUCAAGCGACUAUCUAAGAAAGCAGGACAACAGUUUGGCCAUUGUAUGGAGAGAUGAAGGUUUUGAUGAUUUCCAAGUUAAUCAGAUGACAUUGAAAGAGUUCCGAGAGCAAGUAAUGUUAGUGGCAAAUGCACUGGACACAAUAUUCUCAAAGGGAGAUGCAAUCGCAAUUGAUAUGCCCAUGACAGUAAAUGCAGUCAUUAUAUACCUGGCAAUUGUACUAGCAGGAUUAGUUGUUGUAUCAAUACCUGACAGCUUUGCUGCAAAGGAAAUUGCAACUCGCUUACGCAUGUCUAAAUCAAAGGCUAUCUUUACUCAGGAUUUUAUAGUACGAGGGGGGCGGGAAUUUCCUUUGUACAGUCGAGUAGUAGACGCCAAUCCACCUAAAGCUAUUGUCAUUCAUGCAUCUGGAAAGGAUAUGAGUGUUCCAUUAAGGAAACAAGACUUAUCAUGGAAAGAUUUUGUUUCCAGAGUUAAUCACCUUCCUAGACCAAAUUCCUAUUCUCCUGUCUAUCUACCAAUAGAUUCAACAACCAACAUACUCUUCUCAUCCGGAACUACAGGUGAUCCAAAAGCUAUACCAUGGACUCAUCUAUCUCCGAUGAGAACUGCUGGUGAUUGUUGGGCACAUGGUAAUCUUCAACCUGGCGAUGUCUUCUGCUGGCCCACAAAUCUUGGAUGGGUGAUGGGGCCAAGUUUGAUCUAUGGUUGCUUUUUAAAUGGGGCAACUCUUGCUCUUUAUAACGGAUCUCCUCUUGGCCGCGGUUUUGGAAAAUUUGUUCAGGAUGCAGGUGUUACUAAUUUGGGAACAGUCCCAAGCUUAGUCAAGACUUGGAAAAAUACACUUUGUAUGGAAGGCUUAGAUUGGACAAAAAUUACGUCAUUUGCUUCUACUGGAGAAGCCUCUAAUAUCGAUGAUGACCUUUGGCUUUCUGCGAGGGCUUACUACAAUCCCAUUCUUGAAUGUUGUGGUGGCACAGAGCUCGCGUCAUCCUACAUCCAAGGAAGUCUUUUGCAACCACAAGCUUUUGGAGCAUUUAGUACCGCGUCAAUGACAAUAGGCUUUGUCAUCCUUGGUGAAGAUGGGGUUCCCUAUCCGAAUGAUCAAGUUUGUGUUGGUGAAGUGGGUUUAUUUCCUCUAAACAUGGGUGCUACUGAUAGAUUGCUUAACGCUGAUCAUGAGGAAGUUUACUUCAAAGGAAUGCCCAUGUACAAAGGAAUGAAACUAAGGAGACAUGGAGACAUCAUCAAGAGAACUGCUGGUGGCUAUUUCACUGUACAGGGUAGGGCUGAUGACACUAUGAACCUCGGUGGCAUAAAGACGAGCUCAGUAGAAAUUGAGCGUGUGUGUGACCGAGCUGAUGAAAGUAUAUUGGAAACUGCUGCUGUCAGUGUCACACCAGCAAUUGGUGGUCCAGAACAGUUGGCUAUAUUUGUGGUACUGAAGAACGAAUUUAACAGUGAACCAGACAGCCUAAAGAUACUAUUUUCAAGAGCCAUUCAGAGUAAUCUUAAUCCGUUGUUUAAGGUGAACUUCGUGAAGAUUGUCCCAGAGUUUCCUCGAACACCUUCCAAUAAAUUACUUAGGAGAGUUCUAAGGGACCAAUUGACGCGCGAUCUUCACAUUCAAAGUAAAAUUUGACAGCAACUCCACAUUCCUAGUAUGGAGUUUUUCUACUUGUGUUGAUCUUGCAUUUAGUUUCUGAGAUGGAUGACAAGAGCAAUAUGCGAUUAAAGUUCUUUGAGAUCUAAUUGGUUCGACAACAAUAUCCAUAAGUGAAAUUUCAAUAUCAUGAUGUUGGGUGAGUCACGUAUCCUUAUAGUGAUUGUAUGAUUUUUCUUGUCAUUUGAUGUAAAACAAUUGAGCAAUUUCUCAAGCAAUGUAAACUAAUAUGUAUUGUUUGUGUCAAUGUAUAUCUGGCUUUUGUUUUGAUAA